AUGCCUCUAUUUCGAUUGAAGACGAUUUUCCCUUUGCUCGCGCUUGUGACAAUUGGAAUCUUCUUCUUUUGCAUGGAACGCUAUGACCGGUCAGCAUUCCUGCGAUUCAAGCACCCUGUUGAUCGGUCUGGGCUUGCAAACAAUAAGCCUCAAGUUCAACAGCCUGGGCAGCCCGAUUCCCAGUCUCCCAGCCACGCCACCUGUGAGGCUGACCCGAAACUCGCCGCUCCCCUGCCUUUCCCCGAAUGGCUUCCUCGCAAGAACUACACCCGUGCCUACUUCCGCCCCCGUCAUGUGAACCCCCGUACCGAGUUCCACACCCUGGAGGAAAUCGAGAAGCCUGUGCUCCCGCCCAUGGUUGUCAUGGAGCGCGGUAUGGUUGUCUCUCCCGAGAACAAGGAGGAGAACUUUGUCUGCCCGGAAAUUAUCGACGUUGAUGUGGCUGCUGAUGAUGAUGUUGAAGAAACCUCCAAGCUUCUGUUUGGUUUGGCUACUACUGUUGAUCGUCUGGACCGUCUGCUUCCCUCCUUGCUCUACUCCUACGGAAACACCAAGGCUGGCCUGAUCGUUCUGGUCCCCGAGUCUGAUGAUGACUUGGAGAAGCAGGAGACUUACUUCCGCAACCGUGGUUUGGACUUGACCCUCAUUGCUUCUCCUCUCGAUUUCACUGCCCGUUACUUCGGUAUGGUCGAGGCAUUCACCGAGCACAUUCGCAAGCACCGCCCUCACACCACCUGGGUUGGAUUCAGUGAUGAUGACACAUUCUUCCUGUCCCUUCCUACUAUGGCCGAGGAGCUCAAGCUCUUCGACGAGAAGAAGAAGCACUAUAUUGGAUCUUUGUCCGAGGCCAGCUGGCAAGUGGACACUUUCGGUCACAUCGCCUUCGGUGGUGCUGGUGUGUUUGUCUCGAAGCCUCUCCUCGACGUCUUGAUGAAGCACUACGACGAGUGCCAGUCCUGGGGCGAGCAGCCUGGUGACCAGAAGCUCGGCCAGUGCAUCCAGCGUUUCGGUGACACUUCCCUGACUUUGUGGCCCUCGCUUUACCAGAUGGAUAUGGCCGACCCCGUGGAUGGUGUUUACGAAUCCGGUCGCAAGAUCGAAUCCAUGCACCACUGGAACAGUUGGUACAGCAAGGAUGUGGUCAAGAUGACCACCGUAUCUGCUGCCGCAGGUCGCAAGUCUGUUCUGCGUCGCUGGGUCUUCGAUCAAGAAGAGACCGUUAACACCGCGACCGGAGAGACUCUCCGUCACUUCUGGGUUAUGACCAACGGUUACUCUCUGGUGAAGUACACAUACGAUGAGCACGUGGCUGAUGACGCCAUCAACUUCGAUGCUACUGAAAAGACCUGGCCCGAAGACCCCCGUGGUUACGAAGACCGCCUCGGACCCCUGCGUCCCGCGGAAGAAGACGGCAUCGCCAAGGACCGCUGGUUGCUGCGUGAUGCCUUUGUUGUCGGCGACAACGUGCACCAAUUCUACGUGCGCGAGGAAGAUGAGGGCCACAGCGUGAUUGAAAUUGUGUGGCUCGGUCCUAAGGGCGGCGGUGGUGGUGGUGUCAGCGAUCAUUACCUUCGCGGCACCAACCAGCAAUAA